AGGGUCACACAGCAUUUACAUCACAAUUGGGCCGGAGUUUUAAAAUGUCUGGCCCUCUCCCUCCCCACCACCCGUGGCUGCUGUGUCCAGACGGAGAAUGUUCUAGCGCUGGGAGCGGCUGCGCAUGAAGUCCUUGGGGGGAAAAGGAGCAGGCCAAGGGCGAUGGUGGAGUAGAGCUGCCUCACCGAGGCAGCAUGAGCUGAGAGGGUGAUAGGAAGGAAGGAGGCGCUAGACAGCAUGGAGGACUUUCUGCUCUCCAGUGGGUACCAGCUGGGCAAGACCAUUGGGGAAGGGACCUACUCAAAAGUCAAAGAAGCAUUUUCCAAAAAACACCAAAGAAAAGUGGCAAUUAAAAUUAUAGACAAGAUGGGAGGGCCAGAAGAAUUUAUCCAGAGAUUCCUGCCUCGGGAGCUCCAGAUUGUUCGCACCCUGGACCACAAGAACAUCAUCCAGGUGUAUGAGAUGCUGGAGUCUGCCGACGGGAAAAUCUACCUGGUGAUGGAACUGGCUGAAGGAGGGGAUGUCUUUGACUGUGUGCUGAAUGGGGGGCCACUGCCCGAGAGCCGGGCCAAGGCCCUCUUCCGUCAGAUGGUCGAGGCCAUUCGCUACUGCCAUGGCUGUGGUGUGGCCCACCGGGACCUCAAAUGUGAGAACGCCUUGUUGCAGGGCUUCAACCUGAAGCUGACUGACUUUGGCUUCGCGAAGGUGUUGCCCAAGUCACGCCGGGAGCUGAGCCAGACCUUCUGCGGCAGCACAGCCUAUGCCGCCCCCGAGGUGCUGCAGGGAAUCCCCCACGACAGCAAGAAGGGGGACGUCUGGAGCAUGGGUGUGGUCCUGUACGUCAUGCUCUGUGCCAGCCUACCUUUUGAUGACACAGACAUCCCCAAGAUGCUGUGGCAGCAGCAGAAGGGGGUGUCCUUCCCCACUCAUCUGGGCAUCUCGGCCGAAUGCCAGGACCUGCUCAAGCGGCUCCUGGAACCAGAUAUGAUCCUCCGGCCCUCAAUCGAAGAAGUUAGUUGGCAUCCGUGGCUAGCAAGCACUUGAUAAAAGCAAUGGCAAGUCCACCCCAAUAAAGCAGGGGGAGAAAGCAAACCCAAAAACCCGCUUCUAAGAUGCUGAUAUGUAUUUUACACUUUACUUCUCUCCUGAAACUUACCUACACCCUCCCCAGCUUUACUUCUCUUUCCCUUAAAAGAUCUUCAUGCAACCAGAGGGCCUCAUUCAGACUUCCCUUUUAUUACAGCUAACAAGUGAUUUUCACACAGGUGUUUAACUCAAGUUAAUGAAAAAUAGACCCCAGAAUCAUACACACACACUGGGGGAGGAGAGGGGAAAAGUGACCAAGAGCAACUGGAACCAUUGCUCUUGCAACUUCCUUUCCAAAUAAAAGCAGAAGCGUUGGGAA